GGCUGCUCAGGGUGUGCGGGGUACGGGGCGCUCCCGCGCGUUACUCGGUGAUGCCGGUUUGGCCCGUACUCGUUCAGUCUGUGGCUUGGUCGCUGCUUCGUCGUACGCGUGUCUAAUAAUAGUUCGACUGUUUCGUGUGUCCGACUAACUUGUGACAAAACUUGGUGUGCUCCAAAGUGGAUUGCAUGAUUUGCAGUGCUUGUGACGGUCUCCAUUAAAUCAAUGUGUGAUUGUGAUUGAAAAUUUCUCCAACGGUUCAGGAUAAUCGAGCCGAUGGUCCUCUUGAAUACUAAUAUGAAAAUAAAUGGUUCUAGUUAACUUUCGUGGCUCUCCAUAAAAUGACGAUUGACAGAGCCGGACGGCCCCCUGCUCCCCGCAGAGCCUCAACUUACAGAAGCUAUGAUGAACUGGGUGCUAUUGAAAGAUCGAGACCUUUGAGGUACAGACACGGCGGCAUAGAAGAUCUUACUGGAAUAGAAUCGCCGAGAACAUACAGGAAUUAUGAGCAACGAGAUUUAGAUGAUAUAACCAUAAUUAGCUCUGAAGAAAUACCGAAACCUAGAAGAAAAACAAUUGAGGGGCUAGCGAACGGAUUUAGAAGAACAUUUUCAGUAAGAAGUAGAAGGGAAGAGCCAGUGGAGAUUCCAUUGGAAACUUUCAAUGCGACAUGUGAAGAAAAUUUUGCAUCUGUGAGAGGUGCUCCUUUUGGGAGACGUAGAUCUUUAUCUCGGGAGCGUGGGUCGUCAUUUCUGACUAGAAGUUCGUCGGAAGGUGACGUGCGUGUGCCGCUUCCCCGCGCACCCCCGGCCCCCACUCCUCGUCUCCAUCGAUGUCUUCGAGCCCUCGGAGGAAGCUGGAAGAACCUUCUCUUAUUGGGCGGAAUGUCACGCGGGGGGAGCGGCGCGGGGAAGACCGCAACAGCGAAGCGCGUGCCCCCUCCCGCGGUCCCCGGCGACGCGUUCGGCACCCCCCAACAUCGCCACUCGGGCUCCAGCUUCGGCUCCCAGGGCUAUGCUUCGUGCGAGGAACAGCCCUAUCCACAACCUCCAGAUACACCCUCACAUACCAGAGACGACCAUUCAGACUAUGGGAGCACGGUGUCCGGCGUGUCCGGAGUCAGCGGCGCGAGUGGCUCCCUGGGCAAGAGUCCCGCUGGAGGAGGGACGUUCACGUUCCCUCCGCCUUCACAACCUCUCACACACAAAGCUGCUGUCUAUUACCACCAUCAGUUAGCGCUAAGCGAUGACCAGGGCAUCGAUAUGACGCAGAGCCCCGGCCGUGACAGUCCCGGUUCCUCAUCGGGCUCAGCAGGUUCCGGCUCCCGUCACUCCUCAGCGUCACUAGACAGCGGCCGCGCGUCAGGGCGGAUGCCGCACCACCACCACGCGGCGUGCCACUGCGGUGACACGGCUGACAGAGUGCGGGCUAUGAUCGCGCAGGGACUGCCUGACGCGGACAUAAUCCACGCUUGGUUGGCGGACCUUCAAAUGGAGGAGUACGCGCGACUCUUCAUAGAAGCCGGCUACGACCUGCCGACACUGACCAGAAUGACGCCGGAGGACCUCACAGCCGUCGGCAUCAAGAAGCCCAACCACCGCAAGCGGUUAAAGGCAGAACUAGCCAACUUGAACGUGCCUGAUAACCUCCCUGAUUAUAUACCUGGCUCACUGGAGGAAUGGCUGCGGCUGCUGCGGCUGGAGGAGUACGGGCCGGCGCUGGUGGCGCAGGGCUACCGCACCGUGCUCGACGUCACGCAACUCGCUUGGGAGGAUUUGGAAGACAUGGGCAUAGUCCGUCUAGGUCACCAAAAGAAAAUAUUACUGGCCAUCAAGAGAGUAAAGGAUAUUAGGGCGGGAAAACGAAGCAUCAGUAAUCAAGGGUCAUUGGACUUCACAAGACUACAAGCGGGCCAGGAAUUAUAUCCGAGGGAGCUCCAUUACCAGCCCUGGACCCACGCGAGAAGUUACCAUAAACCCCCCGACCUAACUUUUGACGCUCGACAAACGCCCCUAUGUGGCACAGAUCUGGUCCCCAUACAGAUCCGUCACCCGCGUGGUAAGUCACUGGAAAGUCUAGAAGAUCCAUCAGAAAGGACGUCGCACACGACAUUUUCACCUGAAGCCGGCUUCUACUACGGCGGGGGACAAUGGCGGCGGUCAUACGACGAUGGAGACAUAACACCUACGAACGACAAUGCAUACGAAGGGGGCGGUACAUUGCCGCGUCCGCGGGGGCUAGUUCGACCGCGGCCAGUCGCAAAGAUUCAAGCCACACCGGCGUACAGAGACAAAUCGCCAGAUUACGCGUACGACGAGAUCGCGUACUCGGCUCGUUUGCAGCGCGUGGCGUACGGGGCGAGUCCCCACGUCGCUCGCAAGCCGCCGCCGGAGCCCCCGAAGCGGCAGAGCUCGCAGUUCGCGCAGUUCUCGCGCUUCGGGCAGACGACGGUGGAGAUCCACCCGGAGAAGAGCCUGCCGCUGAGCCUGCCCGCGUACCCCAGCUCGGACUCGCUGAGCGUGUCGCUGGACAGCACGGGGCUGCUGCCGCCGCCGCCCGCGCCCUCCUCGCCGCCGCGUCGCUACGACGAGGACAAGCUGAGGACUGGCUCCGAUGCUAGCUUUAAGUCGAGCUCGAGUACAGAGUCGGACAGCAUCCCGUUCGCGAACGAGAACGCCGGCACGAUAAAACAGAACCGCGGCCAAGUGGGAGGCCGCCCCCACGCGGCGGAGUACCUGCCUCCCCCCCCGCACCAGCCUCUCUCUCUCUCCGAACACAAGGACGAAGGAAAAAGUACUGAACCAGUCGACGUCCUCAACGAUAUAGGAAACAUGCUGGCCAACCUAACGGAUGAACUCGACGCCAUGUUGGAAGAAGAAAAGCGCCAAGGACUCACAGAAUCCUAACUUUAGAGGCUGAAGCCAAUUCAAUAUAAACGUUUUAUACUCGAAUACUUUUUGUACUGUUGAAAUUCCAAAGAUAAUAUCAUUGGCCAAUUAAGUUGUGGUGGGUGUCUCUUGGGGAACAUACGCAAUAUUUGAAAGCAAUCUUUUGAUCUUGCAUUUAAAAUGCUACGCUUAGCACUGUAACAUGUUUUACAUAUGAUCCGUCACGUCCUGCAGAUGCAAAUGUAUAUACAAUAGUUUUCUAGGUAUAUCCUUAGCAUUUGUACCGACGUAGUAAAUUUUUAUACACUAUCCAUGGAUAAAAGAAUUUACAAUGAAAUUUAUUUUUAAGCGAGCUGUGUGUUUUAUUGUCUUUUUUAAUAUUUAAUGUUUAGUUCCUUGUUAUAAUUAAUCUUUAAUUAAUCGGGAUAUAAUGAUUAGACAUAGUCGGAUCCAAAACAGAUGAAAAGGGCAACUUUGUAAAUAUUGUUUUACUUAAAUUAUAACAUAGAUGAAAUAUAUCCCGAUAGUUAGAUUUCCGUGUACAGUAACUGUAGGGUACUCGAGUAUGAUGUAGUAUGACGUAGUUAGAAUUUAUACAAAAUAUUAGGUCUAGUGAUAGUGUGACAUAGGGGUUAUUAUAAUAAAUGUAUCAUAGAACUACAUAUAGAUAGAGAUAAGACCUCAUAUACAUUUGUAUGUUAACUUUUCAUAAGAAAGAUGCCCAUGCAUACAAUCGUGCUUUUUAUAUAUUAUGACGUCAGAAUCAUGCGCACAGCUUUGGCAACACCAUAUAUCUGCUACCGGUCAACCAUCUUAUUUUAUGCCGAAGCUAAACUGCGACAUAGCAAAUAAGACCAUAUAUCGUUGCAUUAAGAUGCAUUAUUUACAUGUGAAUCAGUCAAAAAUACUUUUGUAGUUUUCAAUAAAUUUUCUGUUAAAGUUAAUAUUUACGGAUAGACGCGUGAUAUUUAGUGGCCAUAAAGUUAAUUACUUUUCCGUAAUGACCAAGCAUUGAGACUACAUUUACUACUCUAUAAAAUUUUUGUUCUUCAUUUUUGUUGAAUUUGAGUCUGUUUUAGUGCAAGUAUGAUAGAAAUACAAUGGAGAAUGUGUCAACUCAGUAAAUUGUGUCAGUGUUGUUUAUGAAACACACGAAAUAUGUCGUGAAAAACCACAAAUAUAAAAACAUUACAUUAAAUUUUUGUGAAGAACAUUAUUUUCUCAUUCUAAUAUUUGACUCAAUAAACAUUCAAUGUAAGUACUUAUAUUUAUGAGGUUAUUAAUUAAUACUACUAUGUAAUGUAAUUCCAAGAUAAUUUAGUGUAUUUUAGGUGAAUGUUAUUUUCAUAUUUUGAGUCAAAGAUUACGGAAAAGAAUUAGUUUAGUACCUACUAACUUAGUUCCAACUAACAUCAUGUACGAUAAAUACCUACAAGUCAAACUACAAUAACAGUAUAACAAUUAAGCUUUAUCCUGUAAAUAAAUUAUAGACAUCAGUGUUUUCUAUACAUUCUUCGUAACAACGCGUAUUUAGAAAUUUUGUAUACUUACCUUCUUAUUGAUUUCAUACAGUUGCGUCUAUAAUGCAUACAUUUUUAUCCUUAUUGCCAUUUAAGGAAGGGUAAAACUUGGGUAAUUUGUGUUUUUAGACGCAAAUGUAUGCUAACGUCGUCACUCCCUUUUGUAAUUUUAGAAAGGUGCUAGCAUUACACUAUAAAUUAAGUAGGUAUCAAUAAAAUGGGAUACUUUUGUUUUGUUCGUCGACUAGUCAAAAUUUUCCAGAGUGACGACGAGGGAAUAUUUAACGAUUAUGACAGGCAGCUUAACACCUUACUUAUUUUAUAGUUGAGUUCUUAUCUGAACAAAUAUAUUUAUAAUAUCUAAUCUGA